UUAUAUUUGCCCUUUCAAACUAAAAAAAUUCUUAUUUUUUGCAUACAUAAUCUUUUGAGAAAAUAAGUCCAACACUCUACACAUAACAGAGGGAAAUUUGACUUUGUCAAAAAGUGGUAUAAUUUACACCUAAAAGAUGAAGUGAUCUAAAUUAUUACUCUAAUGAAGUUGCCUCGCAACUACUCUCACGACACAAUCCACAUCAGUAAAACUCAUAUCUACAUCUUCUUCUUUUUUUUCCUGGACCUAUCUACAUCUCAAUGACCUUAACAUUCAACCAUGACGCACAUAACUCCGUCAUUUCUUAUUAAAUAUGAUAAAGAAAGAAUCAGUGAUAACAAACACGACCUUCUCCUCACACCUUUCCACUUCAACUUCAGCAUUAUAAAUACUCGUUCAACCAAUCUUUACCUCAAAACUAAACCAAAUUUGUGUUUCAACUUUCUAGCUAGAAGAAACUAUCAGAUUAUCACUCUGAAGUCUGAAUCUGCCAUUUUUACGGUUUUACCGACGGUGCAUUCGCAGGGGGAAUCAUUUCUAUGGAGUUCAUCAUAUUGGCGAUGUUACCUGGGAGACAUUGUCUUGGAGACAGACAAAGAAUUCUCCAAAACAAAACAGACUACUUAAGUGCCAGGAUUGAGGACAUUGAGGGAGAGAUCUCUCCUACUCGGGCUCAACGGGGCACGAAGCGAAAGCCAGAUGAUGAGCUGAGUCAUUGGAGUGUUGAGGGGCAGGAGCUAGUGGGUAAAGCCAAAUAUGUGUUAUCACAAGUUGGUGGUGGAUGGAGGGAUUUCUUCAAGGGUGUUAAGAUGAGAUGCGAUGUUGACAGAAUAGUUGAUGCUUUAGAUGUCCAUGACAAAAAAGGUGAUGUGCUGUUUAAACAAGCGAUGUCUGAUGCACAGGGACCUUGUCAUGGCUAUCAUAUACCGGUGAAAGCAUUAGUCGGUCAGGUAGCUUCGACUACUCUGAGGCGACUUGAGGUUCUUUUACUAGAAGAUGAUAAGGUUGGAAGGAUUGCCAUUCAUGGGGUAGAAGGAGUUGGUAAGACCUUUUUGAUGAAGCACUUGUAUAACAGUGCACUAAAGUGGGUUCAUAAGUUUGAUCAUGUUAUUUGGAUCACUUUCCCAGAUCAGUUUUCUAUCAAGCGUCUGCAGGAUGCUAUUGCUGCAGCUGUAAAGUGUGAUCUUGCUUGUGAUGAUGACUUAGACUUAAGGGCUAGAAAACUGUCGCGGACACUCGAAGAUCUUGUUAGUUUUGUACUUUUCUUAGAUGGUGUAACAGGAGAUGAGUUCACUUUGGACCAGGUAGGAAUUCCUGUUCCUGCAGAAGGGAGCAAGUAUAAGGUGGUAUUAACUACGAGCUCUACUUUGGAACGGAGCUUGUUGGAUAGUUUUGAAGUAGUCGUAGUUGAUCCUCUUGAAGAGGAAGAAGCAUUCGAGCUAUUCAUGCUUGAAGCAAGAAUUGAUCUGGCGUUUGCUGCUUCCCUCGGGGACACUCCUAGACUACUUGCAGAGAGGUGCUGUAGAAUGCCACGAUUGAUUGUAGAUGUAGCUACACGUAUGUGUGGCAUAGAUGACCCUCAUGAAUGGAGAUAUGCACUAUAUGAAUCAAUGUGUCUAGGGGAUACUCAAAUUGACGGGGUGUAUCAUCAACUCGAUUGGUGACAGUAAAAAAAGAACAUGAAAGAUAUGGUUCUGAGGAGACUAGAAAGAUCUGAAGUUUUGAACAGAACAGUUUUUGUAAGGACAAAUAGCUAAGGGUUAUAUUAGGUCAGUGAGAGGACAGAGUAAUGGGAAUAGAUAAAAUAAAUGCUAUAGCCGAGGAUUUCAUUCAAUCUGAUGUAAUGAAACUUGAAGUCAAAGGCGCUAUUUUCAGAAGGAUGAUCCAUGAUCAGUGAUAUUUGUGACAGUA